AUGCAGAAACACCUAACCAGCCCACUAAACGUGCAAGACUCUCAGAUACUGAAAACGGUGCAGAAUCCCCAAUCCAUCCUGCUAAACGUGCAAGACUCCGAGAUACUGAAAACGAAGAUCGUUUAACUGAAGGUGCCUCUUCAUCAAAGAAUCCAGCAGUUUCAAGAGAAACAGAAUUGAGAAACAUGCUUUUUCAUAUUGCCAAGGAAUUGGGGGAAGAUGACUUUAAAUCAUUGAAAGAGCAAUGUGAUGUUUAUCAGCUAAUACCAAAGGGGGAUUUAGAGAAAAAGACAGGUGCAUAUAAAGUGUUUGAAUCUUUGCGUGAACAAUCCAAAAUCAGCAUUGACAACACAAAGUUGUUAGAACAAUUAUUAAGGAAUAUAAUGAGGAAUGAUCUGGUGGAGAGAUUUGUAUCGCCAUUUACAUCAAUGAAACAAUUUAUAGAAGUGAACCAACUCAUUGUGAAAGAUGUGACUGGAGCCAAAUUAUCUCUUGUUGAUUUAUAUGGUUAUUACCAAACAAAGACUGAAGAUCUGUUUCGAUCGUUGAGAGCUAGAGCCGCAAACUUCAUCACUUGA